AUGUCACCUUCUGUGCAACUGCAUGGCUUUGAUAUCUCGGAGGCUCAAUAUCCUCCGAAGCAUAUGUGGCCACGGAACGUCAAACUAGAGCUGUUGGACGCCUUCAAGAAUGUCCCUCCCACACUUGUCGGUCAAUACGAUGUUGUACAUGUCCGGAUGUGGGCGAGUAAUAUACGAGAUGGCAACACCGGGCCGCUAAUUUCCCAUUUACAACAGUUGCUGAAGCCAGGAGGUUACAUCCAGUGGGAGGAGGCCGAUCUCAUUCAUCAAUCUGUGCAAGGGCGCAAGGCCCUUGAGUUUGCACAACGGAUACCAAGUUUAUUCCAGAAGAUCGGGUUGGACUACAGCUGGGUAACAAGGCUUCCUCGCGAUCUGGAAGAAGCACAUCUGGAAAUCCUAGAAUCAAAGACAGAAUCAUUCCAAAACUUCCUUGUUCAGAAAUGCACGGACACAUAUCUUCUUGCUCUCGGUGAAAUAUUGCGCGGUACAAAGUUGACAUGCGCGGAAGAGAUUGUACCUCUGGUGACCAAGCAUGAGGUGGAACUGCAGAGUCUUUGUGCUGAGCGCAAGGAAACGGUAUAUAACUGGUCUCCUGUCAAGAUACUGGCACAAAAAACUGCAUAA